AUGGACAAUAAAGAGGCACUAGCGAAGCGGAAGCUUGCAUUCUCUGAAAAUGCUCGCCGUCAGAUCCUGCAUGACCAAUUGAGAGACUCAUCUCUUUUGAGCCGAUCCGCUUCCACCAAUAUCGCUCUCCGACAGUUGCAGCGAGACCAAUGCGCUAGAGAUGACUUCUUGAAAGAAAUAGAGACUCAAGAGGAACAGGCACCGAACAGCAGCUUGGUGGAACACGGCCUGCGAAAGUUAAGGGAAAUAAUUGUGGCGGCAGGCUCUAACAUUUGCAGGGACCCCAAAUUCCUGGAUUUUGCAACUCGCGUGUACGAGAAAACCGUGAAAUACUAUUGCAAGCAUCGCGAAGCGCACAAAAGUUAUCCCAGCAUCCGUUUUUACGUUGACAACUUGCUGCAGCAUGCGAUCUCAAACAGCUUGUCGCAGCAAAUGGUAGCCUGUUGUGCCUUAUACAUUUCUCACGGUGAGGGGAACCUUACCCGUUGCUUGACACUUUUGAAUUCCCACAUGCUCAACAGUGACCUUUAUGAGCCCUCUAAAACACUCUCGCUGGUGUACUGUAUUCAAAAUCAACCACCGUCUGUUUGGUUUAAAGUUGUUUCUGAACUCCCGGAUUCGUCGUUAAUAAGAAUUUUCAUCUCAGCACUUCCUGCUUUUCAAAAAAUGCAACAGAGAACUAUGAAAAUGAUUUCUGUAUGCUACAAUCAGUUGUCAGUCUCAUUCUUAAGCGUCUAUUGGUUUCAUGGCAUGUGGAAGGAUCUGGAACACUACGUAAGUCAAAACUGGACUAUUGAAACCCUUCAAAACAGUACUAAAAUCGUGAAAUUCAAGGCCGUCGGUUCUAAAAAGCCUAGCACAUCUUAA